CGAGGCUGGGUUGCUGCACCGAGAAGAAAGUUUCAGCCUAACUUCGGGCGGCGGCUGAGGCGGUGCCGGGGAGCGGCCGACUCGCGAGUUGGGGCGCAGCCGAGGCAUUCAAACUCGAGCUUCGGAACGUAGCGCGGGGCCGUGAGCCGAAGCACGCAGCGGAGGAGAGGAGAGAGCGGGGGCCCCCUGGUCGGGACCCCCUCCUCAUGUGGAUCUGCUCCGGCGGCGGCUGCGCUGGAGGAGGCGACCGGGAAGAUGCCCGCCCUGCGCCCCGCGCCGCUGUGGGCGCUGCUGGCGCUGUGGCUGUGCCGCGCGGCCCCCGCUCGUGCACUUCAGUGUCGAGAUGACCAGGAGCCCUGUGUAAAUAAAGGAAUUUGUAUUACCUACCACAAUGGCACUGGAUACUGCAAAUGUCCAGAAGGCUUCUUGGGAGAAUAUUGUCAACAUCGAGACCCCUGUGAGACAAACCGAUGCCAAAAUGGUGGGACCUGUGUGGCCCAGGCCAUGUUGGGGAAAGCCACCUGCCAAUGUGCCCCAGGGUACACAGGGGAAGACUGCCAGUACUCAACCUCUCACCCCUGCUUUGUGUCUCGCCCCUGCCUGAAUGGGGGCACCUGCCACAUGCUCAGCCGGGAUACCUAUGAAUGUACCUGCCAAGUGGGUUUUACAGGGAAGCUGUGCCAGUGGACUGAUGCCUGCCUGUCUCACCCGUGUGCAAACGGAAGUACCUGUACCACUGUGGCCAACCAGUUCUCCUGCAAGUGCCCUGCAGGCUUCACAGGGCAGAAGUGUGAGGCUGAUGUCAAUGAGUGUGACAUCCCAGGACAGUGCCAGCAUGGUGGCACCUGCCUCAACCUGCCUGGCUCUUACCAGUGCCAGUGUCCCCAGGGCUUCACUGGCCAGCACUGUGACAGCCCCUACAUGCCCUGUGCACCCUCCCCUUGUGGCAAUGGAGGCACCUGCCGGCAGACUGGUGACUUUACUUUUGAAUGCAACUGCCUUCCAGGCUUUGAAGGCAGCACCUGUGAGCGGAACAUUGACGACUGCCCUAACCACCGGUGUCAAAAUGGAGGGGUUUGUGUGGAUGGGGUCAACACUUACAACUGCCGCUGCCCCCCUCAGUGGACAGGGCAGUUCUGCACAGAGGAUGUAGAUGAGUGCCUACUGCAACCCAAUGCCUGUCAGAAUGGAGGAACCUGUACCAACAGCAAUGGGGGCUAUGGCUGUGUGUGUGUGAAUGGCUGGAGUGGUGAUGACUGCAGUGAGAACAUUGAUGACUGCGCCUUUGCCUCCUGCACGGCAGGCUCCACCUGCAUCGACCGUGUAGCCUCCUUCUCUUGCAUGUGCCCAGAAGGAAAGGCAGGUCUCCUGUGUCAUCUGGAUGAUGCCUGCAUCAGCAAUCCUUGCCACAAGGGUGCGCUGUGUGACACCAACCCCCUGAAUGGGCAGUACAUCUGCACUUGCCCACAGGGCUACAAGGGGGCAGACUGCACAGAAGAUGUGGACGAAUGCGCCAUGGCCAACAGCAAUCCUUGUGAGCAUGCAGGAAAGUGUGUGAACACAGAUGGAGCCUUCCACUGUGAGUGCCUCAAGGGCUAUGCAGGGCCUCGCUGUGAGAUGGACAUCAAUGAGUGUCGCUCGGACCCCUGUCAGAACGAUGCCACCUGCCUGGAUAAGAUCGGGGGCUUCACUUGUCUGUGCAUGCCAGGCUUCAAAGGUGUGCAUUGUGAACUGGAGAUAAACGAAUGCCAGAGCAACCCUUGUGUGAACAACGGGCAGUGUGUGGACAAAGUCAAUCGCUUCCAGUGUCUGUGUCCCCCUGGUUUCACAGGCCCAGUGUGCCAGAUUGACAUUGAUGAUUGUUCCAGUACUCCAUGCCUGAAUGGGGCCAAGUGCAUUGAUCACCCGAAUGGCUAUGAGUGCCAGUGUGCCACAGGUUUUACUGGUAUGUUGUGUGAGGAGAAUGUUGACAACUGUGACCCUGACCCUUGCCACCAUGGCCAGUGCCAGGAUGGGAUUGAUUCAUACACCUGCCUGUGUAACCCCGGAUACAUGGGGGCCAUCUGUAGUGACCAGAUCGACGAGUGUUACAGCAGCCCCUGCUUGAACGAAGGACGCUGCAUCGAUCUGGUGAAUGGCUACCAGUGCAACUGCCAGCCGGGCACGUCAGGGGUUAAUUGUGAAAUCAACUUUGAUGACUGUGCUAGCAACCCUUGUGUUCAAGGCUCCUGUGUGGAUGGCAUCAAUCGCUACAGUUGUGUCUGCUCACCAGGGUUCACAGGGCAAAGAUGCAAUAUUGACAUCGAUGAGUGUGCCUCCAAUCCCUGUCGCAAGGGUGCAACCUGCAUCAAUGAUGUGAAUGGUUUCCGCUGCAUGUGUCCGGAGGGACCCCAUCACCCCAGUUGCUACUCCCGGGUGAAUGAGUGCUUGAGCAGCCCUUGUAUCCAUGGCAACUGCACUGGGGGCCUCAGUGGGUACAAGUGCCUCUGUGAUGCAGGCUGGGUUGGCACCAACUGUGAAGUUGACAGAAAUGAAUGUCUCUCUAACCCAUGCCAGAAUGGGGGGACGUGUGACAAUCUGGUGAAUGGAUACAGGUGUACUUGCAAAAAGGGCUUCAAAGGCUACAACUGCCAGGUGAAUAUUGAUGAAUGUGCCUCCAAUCCCUGUCUCAACCAAGGAACCUGCUUUGAUGACAUCAGUGGCUAUACUUGCCACUGUGUGCUGCCCUACACAGGCAAGAACUGUCAGACUGUGUUGGCUCCCUGUUCUCCAAACCCUUGUGAGAAUGCUGCCAUUUGUAAAGAGGCACCAAAUUUUGAGAGUUACACCUGCUUGUGUGCUCCUGGAUGGCGAGGUCAGAGGUGUACCAUUGACAUUGACGAAUGUGUGUCCAAGCCCUGCAUGAAUCAAGGCCUCUGCCACAACACCCAGGGCAGCUACAUGUGUGAGUGUCCGCCAGGCUUCAGUGGGAUGGACUGUGAGGAGGACAUCGAUGACUGCCUGGCCAAUCCUUGCCAGAAUGGAGGCUCCUGUGUUGAUGGAGUGAACACCUUCUCCUGCCUCUGCCUUCCUGGGUUCACGGGGGAAAAGUGCCAGGCAGAUAUGAAUGAGUGUCUGAGCGAACCCUGCAAGAAUGGUGGUACCUGCUCUGACUAUGUCAACAGCUACACCUGCAAGUGCCAGACAGGGUUUGAUGGUGUGCACUGUGAGAACAACAUCGACGAGUGCACAGAAAGCUCCUGUUUCAAUGGUGGCACAUGUAUAGAUGGAAUCAACUCCUUUUCCUGCUUGUGCCCCGUGGGUUUCACGGGUCCCUUCUGCCUCCAUGAGAUCAAUGAGUGCAACUCUCAUCCAUGCCUGAAUGAGGGAACCUGUGUUGAUGGCCUGGGUACCUACCGUUGUACCUGCCCCUUGGGCUACACUGGAAAAAAUUGUCAGUGUGUUCCAGGCUAUCAGGGUGUGAACUGCGAGUAUGAAGUUGAUGAGUGCCAGAACCAGCCAUGCCAGAAUGGAGGCACCUGUGUUGACCUUGUGAACCAUUUCAAGUGCUCCUGCCCACCAGGCACUCGGGGCCUACUUUGUGAAGAGAACAUUGAUGACUGUGCUGGGGGUCCCCAUUGCCUUAAUGGGGGUCAGUGUGUGGACAGGAUUGGGGGCUACAGUUGUCUCUGCCUGCCUGGCUUUGCUGGGGAGCGGUGUGAGGGGGACAUCAACGAGUGCCUCUCCAGCCCCUGCAACUCUGAGGGCAGCCUGGACUGCAUACAGCUUACCAAUGACUACCAGUGUGUCUGCCGAAGUGCCUUCACUGGCCGUCAAUGUGAAACCUUCAUGGAUGUGUGUCCCCAGAUGCCUUGCCUGAAUGGAGGGACAUGCGCUGUGGCCAGAAACAUGCCUGAUGGCUUCAUUUGUCUUUGUCCCCCAGGAUUCUCCGGGGCAAAAUGCCAGAGCAGCUGUGGACAGGUAAAGUGCAAGAGAGGAGAACACUGUGUUCAUACUGCCUCGGGACCCCGCUGCUUCUGCCCCAACCCUCAGAACUGCGAGUCAGGUUGUGCCAGCAACCCCUGCCAGCAUGGGGGAAGCUGCCACCCUCAGCGCCACUCACCUUACUACUCGUGCCACUGCCCUCCGCCCUUCCGGGGCAGCCAGUGUGAGCUGUACACCAUCCCCACCAGCACCCCUGCUGCCACCUGUCUGAGUCAGUACUGCGUUGACAAAGCUCGGGAUGGGGUCUGCGAUGAGGCCUGCAACAGCCAUGCCUGCCAGUGGGAUGGGGGCGACUGCUCCCUUACCAUGGAGAACCCCUGGGCCAACUGCACUGCGCCCAUUCCCUGCUGGGAUUACAUCAACAACCAGUGUGAUGAACUGUGCAACACCGCCGAGUGCCUGUUUGACAACUUCGAAUGUCAGGUCAACAGCAAGACGUGCAAGUAUGACAAGUACUGUGCAGACCACUUCAAAGACAACCACUGUGACCAGGGCUGCAACAGCGAGGAGUGUGGCUGGGACGGGCUGGACUGUGCUGCUGACCGGCCCGAGAACCUGGCAGAGGGCACUCUUGUCAUUGUGGUGCUGCUUCCCCCUGAGCAGCUACUCCAGGACUCUCGCAGCUUCCUGCGGGCCCUAGGCACCCUGCUCCACACCAACCUUCGCAUUAAGCGGGACUCACAGGGGGGCCUCAUGGUGUACCCGUAUUACGGUGAGAAGCCAGCUGCUAUGAAGAAGCAGAAGAUGGCACGAAGGUCUCUUCCUGAUGAACAAGAUCAGGAAGUAGCUGGCUCUAAGGUGUUUCUGGAAAUUGACAACCGCCAGUGUGUCCAAGAUUCAGACCAAUGCUUCAAGAACACGGAUGCUGCAGCAGCUCUGCUGGCUUCUCACGCAAUCCAGGGGACUCUGUCAUACCCUCUGGUGUCUGUUGUCAGUGAAUCCAUACCUCCACAUCGCACCCAGCUUCUCUAUCUACUUGCUGUUGCUAUUGUGAUCAUCUUGUUUAUUAUCCUGCUGGGGGUCAUCAUGGCAAAACGGAAGCGGAAACAUGGCUUCCUCUGGCUACCAGAAGGUUUCACCCUUCGUCGAGACUCCAGCAAUCACAAGCGUCGCGAGCCAGUGGGACAAGAUGCCGUGGGGCUUAAAAAUCUCAAAGUACAAGUCUCAGAGGCCAAUUUAAUUGGUUCUGGAACAAGCGAACAUUGGGUAGAUGAUGAAGGACCCCAGCCAAAGAAAGCGAAGCCUGAAGAUGAGGCUUUGCUCUCAGAAGAAGAUGAUCCCAUUGAUCGACGCCCAUGGACACAGCAACACCUGGAAGCUGCUGACAUCCGUCGGACCCCAUCACUGGCUCUUACUCCUCCGCAGGCAGAGCGGGAGGUGGAUGUGUUGGACGUGAAUGUCCGGGGCCCAGAUGGGUGCACCCCGCUGAUGCUGGCUUCUCUCCGGGGAGGCAGCUCAGAUAUGAGUGAUGAAGAUGAAGAUGCAGAGGACUCCUCUGCCAACAUCAUUACCGACUUGGUCUACCAGGGUGCCAGCCUCCAGGCCCAGACAGACCGGACCGGUGAGAUGGCCCUGCACCUUGCAGCCCGCUACUCGAGAGCUGAUGCAGCUAAGCGCCUCCUGGAUGCAGGAGCUGAUGCCAAUGCCCAGGACAAUAUGGGCCGCUGCCCCCUCCAUGCUGCAGUGGCUGCAGAUGCCCAGGGAGUCUUCCAGAUUCUAAUCCGCAAUCGAGUCACUGAUCUAGAUGCCAGAAUGAACGAUGGCACUACACCCCUGAUCCUGGCUGCCCGACUGGCUGUGGAGGGAAUGGUGGCAGAGCUCAUCAACUGCCAAGCAGAUGUGAAUGCUGUGGAUGACCACGGAAAGUCUGCUCUUCACUGGGCUGCUGCUGUCAAUAACGUGGAGGCGACUCUUCUGCUGUUGAAAAAUGGGGCCAACCGAGACAUGCAGGACAACAAGGAAGAGACACCACUGUUUCUUGCUGCCCGAGAGGGGAGCUAUGAAGCAGCCAAGAUCCUGCUAGACCAUUUUGCCAACCGUGACAUCACAGACCACAUGGACCGCCUCCCCAGGGAUGUUGCUCGCGACCGCAUGCACCAUGACAUCGUGCGCCUCCUGGAUGAGUACAACGUGACCCCCAGCCCCCCGGGGGCGGUGCUGACUUCUGCCCUCUCCCCUGUCAUCUGUGGGCCCAAUAGGGCCUUCCUCAGUCUGAAGCAUACCCCCAUGGGCAAGAAGCCCAGACGGCCCAACACCAAAAGCGCCGUGCCCACCAGCCUCCCCAACCUGGCCAAGGAGACCAAAGGUGCCAAGGGGAAUAGGCGCAAGAAGUCUCUGAGUGAGAAGGUGCAGCUGUCCGAGAGCUCGGUGACAUUAUCCCCAGUGGACUCCUUGGAGUCUCCUCAUACCUAUGUGUCCGACACCACCUCCUCUCCCAUGCUUACAUCCCCAGGGCUCCUGCAGGCCUCCCCCAACCCGCUGCUGGCCCCGCCGGCUGCCCCAGCCCGUACUCAGCAUGCGCUCUCCUUCUCUAACCUCCAUGACAUGCAGCCCAUGGCCACUGGGGCCGGCACCGUGCUUCCCUCGGUCAGCCAGCUGCUGGCCCACCACCACAUCGUCCCCCCCGGAAGUGGCAGUGCGGGCGGCCUGGGCCGGCUGCAUUCAGUCGCCGUCCCGGCGGACUGGAUGAACCGCAUGGAGACGAGUGAGACCCAGUACAAUGAGAUGUUUGGCAUGGUCUUGGCUCCAGGUGAGGGCAGCCAUCCUGGCAUUGUGCCCCAGAGCAGGCCACCGGAAGGCAAGCCCGGCCCCCCACGGGAGACCUUGCCCCCCAUUGUGACUUUCCAGCUCAUUCCCAAAGGCAGCCUUGCCCAGCCAGCUGGGGUUCCUCCACCCCCGACUACCUGCCCUCCAUCUGUGCCAGGGCCCUUGCCUGCCAUGUACCAGAUCCCAGAGAUGGCCCGGUUGCCCAGUGUGGCCUUCCCCACCACCAUGAUGCCCCAGCAGGACGGGCAGGUAGCUCAAACCAUUCUCCCUGCCUACCAUCCUUUCCCAGCCUCUGUGGGCAAGUACCCCACGCCCCCUUCCCAGCACAGCUACGCCUCCUCCAGUGCUGCUGAGCGAACCCCCAGCCACAGCGGCCCCCUGCAGGGGGAGCACCCCUACCUGACCCCAUCCCCAGAGUCUCCUGACCAGUGGUCAAGCUCAUCACCCCACUCUGCCUCCGACUGGUCAGACGUGACCACCAGCCCUACCCCCAGUGGAGCUGCAGGCGUGCAGCGUGGAACUGGGGCACACAUGGCGGAGCCACCACACAGCAAGAUGCAGGUGUACGCGUGAAGAGAAAGCCUCCAGCACAGUCAAAAGUGCUUCUCGUCAAUGCUGCUGAGGAACAAAUGAAGGUCAUUGGAAAGAAAAUGAAGAAAUCUCAGUAACCAGCUUUGGGAGGCAAGAGAGGGAAGAUGCUCAUGGCUUGCGGUCUCCGCUUGGCUGAGUCUUGGCAGGGCUGGUGGGCAGGACCUAGCUCCUCAGGCCCUGGACAUGCAGUGAGCACGAGCGUGGGCCAUGUUACUCUCUUGUCCUAGAACAAGAUGGAUGCCUUUUGAAGCUCUGAUGUGCUUGCAGCUUGAACUGCAUUUCAAACCCUGGGGACUUCUGGGCUUCUGCUCUACAUAAGAAGAUUCUACACUAGAGUCUGAUUGGAAAUUGCUUCCUGGAAUUGUGCUGAGUUGACCUGGUUCAUCUCCUCAACCUUAGAAAUCCUUUCUGUUUCACCUGGUGUUUCCCUCUGAGCACCAGUGGAUGAUUGGAUGAGCGAUCGAGCCAUCCUUGUGCUUUUGGUCAUUCCUGCCCCUCCUCCUGGGAAGCCCUCCUCCCAUGGGCUUUCCUUCCCUUAGAGUUCUCAACACAGGCCUUGCAGGUAUGUUUCUGUAGAAGACAUGUCCACACAUCACUCCUAGAGGGAGAAGGAGAACAACAUUUUUCUUCAGCCCAAUUUGGUGGCAGGAGAGCCCUUUAAGAGAAUGCAUUCUCUUUCCAAGUCAGCUAUGUGCUUGUGGGUUUUGUCAGUAUAAAGUGUUAUCCCUAGCUGUCUAGUUAACUAUGAUCUUACCCCCUUUGUUAAAAACAAACAAAAAAAAAACAGCAAAAGGAGUAGAAUGUUGGAGUGGCCAGGAGAUAAGCUAACUCAGGCUAGAAGCAGUAGCUCCACUUCCAUUCUAGCAUUCCAUUGCCUGUCAGUAUGAAGGACACCACCCCAGUCCUAGGAUUCUAGCCAUGCUUCCCGUUCUUCCAGCAGAUGGCGCAGUCCUCACUUUCUAAUCUCCCAUAUGUCUCCACAGAAGACAAUGUCUCCCACCACUCCUCUGAUUUUAGCACCACAGUGGCUUGGGCUCAAGGAUCCACUGAUCGUCACUUUCCUUUCCAUCAGUCUCUAUUUCCUAAUUUUUUAUUUUAUUUUAUUUUUGUGAGGAGGGCAAUACUGGGAUUGGAACUCAGCACCUUGUUUGUGCUUGCUAGGCAAGCACUCCACUACUUGGAGACCCCUAGCCCUCUUUGCUGAUGAUCUUUUAGAUCAGAAGCCUUUAUGCUCAUUUCUCUCCACACUGUGAGCUGAGUUCCACUGCACCCAGGUGCUCACUGAAAUGGCAGGAAAUGGGCAGUUGGCGUGGUUUUCUAGGGUGCACUGUGAAGUGGCCUUUGCUGGGUCCUCCUUCCAUCCCUUCUCUCUAGAGCAGUAUGCUGUUCCAACUAUUGGGCUAAGUCCAAGGCCUACCAAGGCUUUUCCUAGAGUUGUCAUCUCCAUGAUGGGUGCUUACCAGCUGGGCCUACCACUAUCAGUGCAGGGCCUAUGACACCCUGACUCCCCCCAGAGCAGCAGCAUUUAGUCACCUGUAAGAGCAGUGGUUUCCUUGCGCUCCCCCUUGCUGCCUUAGUGGUUCUGGAGCCACACUACUGCCUGGUACCGUUGUGCCCAGAGCACCCGGGACAUGUUGUGUGUAUCACAGGAAUGGGUUGUUCUGUUCUGGUUUGAUGAUAAUUGUCUUUCCUGCCAUGGUUGGGGUGUUAACCGAGCUCCCUGCUUGCCUCACCUGUCUGUCUGUCUGUCCUAUGGAAGGCCUGGGGAUUUGUUGGUACAGCCAUCGGUUAGCAGGGUUGCUGGAGCAACCCUGGAAAUGCUGGAGCAUUUCUUCUUGUCUCAUCCAAGUUCGUGGGAUAAUUUGUUCUGGCCUGAUUAUGGUAGAUUAAGCUUGUUCUUAAUUUUUAUUCCCUCCUGUGUUACCAUCCUGCCAGCUCAUGUGUGUGUGUCUGUGUGUGUCUGUGUGUGUGUGUGUGUGUGUGUGUGUCUGUGUGUGUUUCUAAAUGGUGCUUCUCCACCUUUGGACCCCCUUAAUUCCUGAUGGGGAAGUGUGGAGCACACCACUUCUUCCCUCUCUGCCCCUGCUCCUCCACUGCCCAGCAUGUCAGCCUCCCGCCCCCCUUCCCUGCGCACACUCAGUGUGGGGCCCAUUUCCCAUUGGCUGUUUCUCCGUCCUAGGACACUUUAAUUUGGAUCUUUUGGGUUUGGGGAAGGGAAUGUGAAGGUCGUCAGUGCCAGUAUGCACAGCAGAUCCUGGUGACAAAGGGCGACACUGCCUUUCAUUUUACCAAUUUUGUAGACUUAAAGUAAUAACUAGUAAUCAUGUUCUCAUUUGGGUUCUGAAUCGGAGGCUAGUUUGCUUUUUUCAAUAGGAUACAUCUUUUGUCAUGCAUAGAUAUUCCCAUUUUUUGUUUAUUUUUAUAUAUAUAAAUUCUUUAAUGUCCUGGGAUUUUGUUACUUUUUUUAUUCUUCCAUUUUGUUUCAAGCAUCAUUUUCUGACUUACAUGACAGUGGGGAGGGGGAGUCUGAGAGAAUGAGGGACCGAGCGUUAAAGGUUUCAGUGAAAGCCGUCAUUUUAUCUUCUGAUUGAAUCUUCCGGCGCAGAAGUCUUGCAUGAAAGAACCAAAGGUGUAGUGUUGCGCUGGCCCAUGGCCAGGGUGCUGAGCCUCGGCGGUUGCAUUGAAUGUACAUUGACUUCUGGAGGAAGUCCUCGGGUCCCCACCAGCAACUGUUUGGUACUAUGGCAACUUUUUGUGUAUAUUUUUCGUAAAAGUGAUAUUAUAUCUGUUUGUAUGAGAAACCAGUAACCAGUAAGAUGACCGCAUAUUCCUGACUAGACAUAGUAAGGAAAGUGCACACUUUGUUUUUACUUUUCAGUUUCGUUCUAAAAGUAGUUAAGAUAAAAUUUAUAUGAAAACAUUUUUAUCACAAAAUAAAAAAGAUUACAAGUCA